AUGGCGCAUUCCUGGCUGCAACGCCAGAAGAAGGCUGCCCUUCUCGAAUUGUCAGUCGAAGCUGGACUUCCGCAAGAGGACUCGCUGCUGAAGGAUGAGAUUCUUGCAAACCUCGAGACAUAUCUGGAUCUGAAUGCGACGACGUUAUCGCGCAUGUCGGUGUUUGAGGACUACUAUGGAAAACGCGCUCAAACGCCUGCAAGAGGACGACCACCACGCGAUAGCAUCUACGUUCCUGCCGAGGACAACGAGAUCAAAAGCGUCGUGAAAGCAAGAGGUCGACGGGCGACACAAAUCAAGCAAGAGCCAGAAGACGAUGGCCCUAUGUCCUCACCUGUCGCGGCAGCAGUCGCGACUGCAACCUCCUCGGCACGUCGCGCCGUUAACACUGUCUCGUCAGCACUAUCGCCAUCUGGACAGCUAACCGCCCGCACGCCUGCAGCGCGACCCGUUGGCAGGCAACGUCGCCGAUCUGAACUGCCAGGUCCACCUUCGCCCGCUGACGUCGCCGAUGUGGUCGAGUACGAAUCGAGGGCUUUCGUACAGAAGGUUGAAGACUUGUAUGCCAUGCUGGGCGUCAACGAUUACGUCCAGAACGUGCGAGAUACUUUGUCUUCUGUGACCGCCAUCCAGAUGACAUUCCUGCUGAUUGAGGCUUUCGCGCUUCAAAGGAACCUGAUGCCAUGGCAAUACGUGAUGGAAAUUCCGUCAACACCUUUCACGUCGAGCUUUGCGGUCUUCGCACCAGACCUCUUCAUCUUGCUGACUGGAUACUACUGGUCUGCUACUUUGCUCUGGGCCAGCACAUCGAUCUUUGUGCCGUCACUAUUUGCAUACUUCUACAACUUGACCAUCCGGGAUGUCAAGCGUGGAUCGCGCAUUGUGCCAGUGGCGAGAUAUGCUGCUGAUCCAUUGACUUUUCACGUUGUGAAAGCGCUUGCCACCUGGCUCGUCUAUAACCAAGGCGUCACUUUUGGAGGCUGGAUCGACCCCAUCGCGGCGGAGCGUGUCGAGCUGGCGUUGUAUGGUGGUCAUACUGCGACUCUCAUCGGCAGUGCCAUUGGAGCGCUCGCAGCUCUAUACGAAGCAGCGCAGAAGAAACAUGUGCCAGCUGCCUGA